AUUUUCGUAAGCUGCGACAUUUGGAAGCUGAUCCCGUUGAAAUAGCGUCGGGAUGCUAGUGUGUUAAACGCUUUCCACCCGGGUGGACCAAUGUGUUAUUUGGCAGCAUGUGCGUUUUGAUGUACGAGGUGGAACUUUGCGACGGUGGUUGAAGGAUCGGAUGGUUUUGCGAAAAUUAAUAGAACGUUUGUUCUAUACGUGCCAAAUAAUCUGUGAAGCUAAUCAAGUGCAAUAUCAAUAAGUGCACAUUCGUGAAUUGAACUGUGUGCAAAACAAGUGUAAAUAUGGAAUCAAGUAAAUCGUUUUUUAUUCGGGAUUUAUUAGGUGAUCUUAUUUCUGGCAGACAAACAUCUGAUUCACAGCAGGGAGGCCUCACGUCGGAAACCGACGAGGACGACAACAGUGACAUCGACAUCGAGGACCGCUCUUCCCCGGAAUCUUUGCUCUAUUCGCAACCGCAUCAUUCUCAACAGCAUCCGCAAUUGACUUCUAUCGGCGGUGGAAGCGCUGGUUCGCUUCUAGCCGCAAACCGCCUCCAUCAGGGAAUGAUUUCAUCCAGCGGAUCGAUUAGUGCCGAUGCGCCAAAUGGCCUUAUCAUCAAAGCCGGCAGGAAACCACGGCGGCGGCGAACGGCUUUCACCCAUGCCCAACUGGCGUACUUGGAGCGGAAAUUUCGUUGUCAGAAAUAUUUAUCCGUUGCAGACAGAAGUGAUGUGGCUGACGCUCUCAAUUUAUCAGAAACCCAAGUUAAAACUUGGUACCAGAACAGAAGGACCAAAUGGAAAAGGCAGAAUCAACUCCGAUUGGAACAGCUACGGCAUCAAGCCACACUGGAAAAAGAAUUGAUCAACAACCAAGAACCGUCGGCGAGUUCCAUCCAAUGCUGUCCAACCUCGUUAUCAUCGUUCAGCCAAAAUCCGUGCAAUUUUCUCACGUCGGCUGCAGCAGCGGCAAUUUUCCGUAACGUAUCCUACGCACAUGGUUGUCCCCUAUAAUUUGAUUCCCCGGGAAAACCCUCCCAAAUUACACCCCCUAAAUGAAAUGUUAUGACUGAUUUUCGAUACACCGCAGAUUAGAACAACUCGUCAUGUGUUUUGGUGUAAUUUAUGUGUAUAGGACGAUAAAUUGUAAAUAGCUGGGUGUUUGUUACGAUGGCUUAUAAUGAUAAUAAACCUGUAAUGAUCAGGAAAUACAAAACUCCACAAACAAGCUUCCUCCCCGGUGAGAACGCUGUUUUAGCAAUCAGAGAAAGCCUGCCGGAAACUUGAAUAGCUCAAUUACACCCCCACCGAGACAUCGAAAGCGAAACACCGAGGGUAAGUAUAAUGACAAACAUUAUGCCAAAAACCACCCACAAAACACUUUCCACUUUGAAGUACCUAAUUGAUAUUAUGUUGUCAUCCGGGCGCCUUUUGUGUGACAAAUUGAUACACA